CGUCCCCUUCCCUACCUCCAAAAGGCACUCUCAUUUUCUCACCCAUCUCUUUACUUCGUCAUUUCUUUAUGGAGGCCUUUUCUUUAUCAACAUUCUCUGCCUCUCAAAAUUCUCGCUUUCUUCUCCUUCUCUUCAAGUCUUCUGCCUCGCUCUACACUCUUAACUUCGUCGUUCUUUCCUCCCCAAAAGAUUCAACUUUCCCUUUUACUUCCUCAGAUCAAAAUUCCUGUGUUUACGUCUGUUUCGGCUUCGAGUUUUGAUUUUGCGGGAAUCAUACGCGUUUAUUCGCUGCUCCCAAUAUGAGCUCGGCGGAAGGUAAUACGGGGGAGUCUGUGAGGUGGAAGGAGUGUAUCACGGAGUUCCUGAAAGGUGCGGCGGAGAUGGCAGUGGAGUGUGGGAAAGGCUGUAGGGAUAUCGUGAGGCAGAGCUUGGUGAACGAGGACUCAUAUAUUGCGAGAAAAUUUGGAAGGGAUUCCUAUUUGACCAAGAGGAUAAGAGGGCCCUGUGAAAAGUUACGUGGGAAAUUGAGUUUCUUCAACGAGUACUUGCCGGAGGAUAAGGAUCCGCUGCACGCAUGGUCGGUUAUAUUCUUUGUUUCGUUGAUCGCAUUUGCAGCUGUAUGUGUAAAUUUUGAAGAUGAUCCAUCUGCUGAUUCCAUCCCAUUGGCAAAGCAAAUAUUUGUACAUCCUCCCAGUGCUAGCCGAAUGGUGCUUCCAGAUGGUAGAUACAUGGCAUACAAGGAACGGGGUGUUCCACCUGAUAGAGCUAGAUUUUCAAUUAUUGCUCCUCACACUUUUCUUUCCUCCCGGCUUGCAGGAAUACCUGGAGUUAAGCAUUCCCUGCUUGAAGAGUUUGGUAUUCACUUGUUGACCUAUGAUCUUCCUGGUUUUGGUGAGAGUGAUCCUCACCCCAACAGAAAUCUGGAAUCCUCUGCAACAGAUAUGUCUUUUCUAGCAGAUGCUCUGGGCGUUAAGAAGUUUUGGGUUGUUGGUUACUCAAGUGGAAGCUUGCAUGCUUGGGCUGCUCUAAGAUACAUUCCUGAUAGACUUGCAGGCGCAGCGAUGUUUGCCCCCAUGAUAAACCCAUAUGAUCCCAUCAUGACAAAGGAAGAGAGGCGAAAAACUUGGGGGAAGUGGAAUAGGAAAAGAAAAUUCAUGUACUUUCUUGCUCGGAGGUUUCCGAGACUUCUUGCUUCCUUUUAUCAGCGAAGCUUUCUAUCAGGAAAGCAUGGCCAGAUUGAUAGGUGGUUGUCAUUAUCUCUUGGAGAGAGGGAUAAAGCACUAAUGGAAGAUCCAAUCUAUGAGGAAUUCUGGCAAAGGGACGUGGAAGAGUCAAUCAGGCAAAGAAAUGUGAAACCCUUUGUUGAGGAAUCUGCUUUGCAGGUCUCGAAUUGGGGUUUCAGCCUUGCAGACCUGAAAUUGCAGAAGAAAAAAAGGAGGCAAAAUGUUCUCAGUUGGCUCAAGUCAAUAUUCCUAGCUGAAAAAGAGGAGUACAUGGGUUUUCUUGGCCCAAUACAUAUAUGGCAGGGAAUGGAGGAUAAAGUGGUUCCUCCAUCGAUGACUGAUUUUGUGCACCGCAUGCUCCCAGGAGCUGCAGUACAUAAACUGCCAUAUGAGGGCCACUUCACCUAUAUCUACUUCUGUGAUGAAUGCCACAGGCAGAUUUUCACUACGCUGUUUGGAACCCCGCAAGGACCCCUCAGCAUUUCAUUUGAACCAGAUCAAACUCUCUCACAAGUCAAUAUUGAACGGUCAGAAUAUGAAGCAGACGCUGGUGAUUCUCCCACUAAUUAAAAGUACACGUAAAGGGUUACGAUACUCUUUCUUCUCUUUUCCCUUACAACAAAAUUUUCGUUGUAUAUACCAAUGGAGUCGUUCGUAUAGAAAAGAAAAAUAAACGCAUCAACGUCCUUUCCUUUGGGCUGCUGAGCUAGCCUGUUCAUUGAAAAAACAACAACAGUGUAAUGCUCUCCUAAGAACAACCAUGAUGGCAUGGCACAAUCCCAUGUACUUUUCCUGCAACCUAGAAAGGGAACUUUUUGUCGUAAUCAUUACGAUGGACUCUAUGAAUAUUGACAUGGUGCUUCAAAUUUC